AUGUCGGAAAGAGAUCUUCUAAAGAAAUAUUUGGCUAGUCAUCGAGCCCCGACUAAAGCGGAAAAAAGGAGAGAAGCAAAUCAAGAAACGGAAUGGAAGGGCAGAAUGAAAGACAAAGAAGAUGCUUGGGACUACAAGAGAGAUAUUGUUUUUGAUCACUACAUCAGGACACAUUCCUACACUGAACGUCAAUGUUGUUGUUGUAAAAAGAUUACUUCUUAUCCUGUUCGCUGCUUCACUUGUAAGCAAGACUUGUGUAGUAGAUGUGACCUGAUAACUCACUGCAAGCUGGUACUACAUAAUCGAGAGAUAUGUCUAAAUGGAGAAGAUAAAAGGUUCUUGCAUCAAAAUGAGUUUUUAUCUGACGAUGAAGAGACCAUCAAAGUAAAAGAUUGUAAAAAAACCAAUACGUCUACGACGAAACCUGGUUCAAGAGACGUAGUCGUAAUCACAGCUAAUGGUAAAUCAGGCCAACUUUAG